GUCACCAAUGAUGAUGCUUUAGAAAAGUUAGACAAGGUCUGUUCAGUCAGACCAGGCUUUCAGGAAUCACUUUAUGCGGGGAGAACUUGCUGUGACUUGAUUGUGGAGAAACUCUUGAACCACCCACCUACUUAAUGUCCUUGCUUCUUAGCUUGGGUGACUGUCUUAUGUAAAACAACUGUCUGUGCCCCAUUAUAAGUACUCACCAGCUGGCCACACAAAUGCUAGAGGCGAGGUAGACACAGAAACAGGAGUUUAGACUGAGUAAUAGGGUCAUCUCUCUUUGUUCUGUGAACAGUAUUAAGUGAGAUGGACGACAGCAUGCCUGUAGUUAGCAAGAUGUAUUGCUUAAGCACUCCAGCUGUGCUGAUGAUCAGGAGGAGACCCAUGGUAGUGAAUGGUGGUGGCUUUGUUGUUACUGACCUAAGCCAUAAUGUUGUCUUCAUUGUGGACGGUUGUGGUAUACUUGGAUCUAAGGGGGAGCUCAUGGUGAAAGACGGUGAUGGAGAACAAAUACUGUUCAUUUCUAGAAAGGGAGGAAUUGUCCAAGCUCUAAGCACUCGGAACAAAUGGAAUGGGUACUCAAUGGACUAUCAAGGGAAAAACAAGUUGGUCUUUAGCCUAACUGAUCCAAAAUCAUGCAUAGCAAAGGGUGCACCGGUUAGAAUUCACAUUGAACCAAAGAGGCACUGCAAUAAUUGGGACUUUGAGAUCUGUGGAUCUUUUGCAGAUAGAAACUGCAGAAUAAUUGAUUGUACUGGCAAAAUAGUUGCACAGAUGGGGAAGAAAGAGCUGAUAGGGAGCAAUGACUUCUACCACGUGACAGUGCAGUCAGGAUGCGACCAGGCUUUUAUCAUUGGGGUGAUGGCAGUUCUUGACAACAUCUAUGGAGAAUCCACCAGAUGCUAAUAAAAUGAAUGGGUGAAUUUGCUCACUUACAGGCUACAGCACCUACUUUAGUCUUGAAGUAGAGAUCAAACCAAUACAUGUCCACUCACACCAUUCCACUGUAUCAGCUUCAUUGUACAUCAGAUUUAGCCGGGUUUUAGAGGUUAGUGAGGUAUUAAUUGAUGAUGUAUCAGUGCCAAGAGUUUGUCAAA